GGCCGCAGAACGCACGUGACGCAGUCGGUCAGUUGACAGGGCAAAACACGGCAGUGGACCGAGUACACCGCAGAGACGGAGACCGAGGAGACAUGGACCAUCGUCAGGUUGACCGGGUGGGCCUGCUGUCGCCGCUGGAGGAGUCCAGCGCCGAGAUAAGCAGAGACAGCGGCAUCGUCUCCCAGAGCGCGAGCAGCUUGUCCAUGGUGAGCGACAUCCUGAGCAGCGGCUCCGUGUCGCAGAGCGCCAGCUUCGGCGCGGCGGCCAACGUCCUCCCGCGAAGCCCGAGCCUGCACGAAGCGGCGGAGCCCGGCACGACCGGCCAGCACGACCCGGAGCAGGACGACGAGCUGCUGGGACACACCGCCCUCAGCUACUCCUCCUACAUCAGGGCGACCGCCGGGGAAGAGAUCCUGUGCCUGGAGAAGAGCUUGGAAGAAAUGCUGACGAGAGUAGAUGAGUUUGUCGGGAUGCUGGAUAUGAUCCGUAACGAUACCUCCCAGAUAGUGAAUGAAAAUCUACCUCAAAUCCAACAGAAGUCUGAUGAAAUGAGACAAAUAUACAGAAGAGUUGAUAAGUUAGAGGCCUUUGUGAAGAUGGUAGGAGCCAAUGUCGGCACCAUGGAGGAGCAAGUCACGCAGGCAGAGGAAGAACUAGGAACACUACCUGGUACUUUCAAGAAGAUCCUCCGCACAAUGAGUGUCCCAGGCUUCUUAAAUAAACCGGCCAGCCCAAGAAGAACAGCACCACAUCAGCGUCAGGAUAGCCCCAGCGUGUUCAGGACAGACGAUUAUUUCACAUCGCAGCCAGAACAGUGACACGCUACAGCAUUCAACACAUAACUUGGUUCUAACCUCAGAGGCCUGUUUGGGUGAAACUGUAGAGACAACUUUUACUGCCAUCCACUGCAAGUGGAUCUGUUGGUGCAGCGGGCUCAUCAAAGCAAUAGUAGCCUUUCUGAACAAGUCACUGGAAGUCAUGUGCGCGAAGACACUGUGAUUUUGAGUGUCAUUUUCUUGGCAGCAUCAAGCACUGAACUGUAGCAAAACGGUUUUAAAAGUGCCUACAUGGGUCUCAUCUCUGUCCAGUCUUGUUUUCACUAAUUGUGAAGAAAACAAUGUCAGUUGUUCAAUGUGUCAAGUCAGGAGGACAAAGUCAUCCCGCUGUAAAGAAGGUGCAAUUGGAGAAGAUGUAAAGCUCUUAGGAUGUAUUACACAAAGGAUUAACCCAGCUUUUUUAUAAAUUACAUUCCUGUUACUAGUAUUUGUAAAUGCCUGCACGCUGUUAUGAAUUGAUCUGUAUUUCUAGAAUCGAAUCACUCUCCCCAAGAAAUACUGUUGUCAACCAGUUUAAGCAUUUAACGUCUUCCAUUUAAAAAAUAUUCACUUUAUUUCUAGUCUCAUGUUGCUGGCCGUUGAAAGCAGUUGCCCCAUUAAUAUAGGGCUACAUCUUUGACGGCACCUUUAGAAAAAAGAAGAGAAAAAAAGCACACUAUUGAUGAGUUGUGUCAGUUUCACAAUUCUGACUAUCUGAAGAAUCUAAGUUUGGGCCAGUGAUGAAGCUGUGAGUGAGUGAGUUUUUUAACAAUGACUGGAGGAGAGUCAGAUAUAUCAUCCUUGGGAGAGAAAAAACAUACCUUAGAGGGUUGUGAUGUGGCCCUUACCCUUCUAACAAAUCAAUAAUGGUCACAACUAAGAUUCAUUAUUUGAUUCAUGAUUUGCCAAAAAUAGUUAGAAAUGGAGAUGUUUCAUUUUAGUGUUGCCUUUGGUUCACAUUUCUAAAAUAAUCAUUAAAGAUUUAUUUGUGAAAGUUA